AUGUCAUCAGCAGCGAGAAUUAGUACCAUUGACAUUGAAUCAGAGCCAAGGAUUUCCAUUGAACUUAAUGAUAAGGAAAAAUUUAAUAAACGAUUUAGUUCGAACAAUCAAAAACAAAAGAAUUCAUCUAAAAUUAAGGCAAAAUCUCCAUCAACAUAUGUGUACGAAUUACGAGCGGAGGACAUACGGGAAUAUCGAUUAUGGUCACUUGCUUCGUUAAUUCUAUGUUUUUUUAUCAUUGCACCAAUAAUUGCUUUUUAUUAUAGUCGGCGUAUACGUGAAAUGAAGAAAAACCAAGAAUUAACUCGAGCUCAAUCAUUGUCUUAUCGCGUUCAAAAUUUACUCAUUUUGUCGAAUAUCAUUGGCGCUUUUAUAUGGGUUGCCUUACUUUUUGUCAUCGGUGUACUUUUUGUAAUGGGUGAUUUCCUCUAA